AUCUCUUUGAUAACGUUCAAGCAAACAGUUUCAAAGGAAUGGAUGCCUUCAACAUACAGGAUUUAGCUAAUUUACUAAAACCUCCGCCUGAGGAAGACUCAAGUAGUGAGGAUGACUUGCCGCCUAGUGGUCUGACCAAACUAGGACCGGGUAGUAUUGGCACGAAAGUAUCGAUUAGUACCAGCAAUCAAGAACACAAUCACAGCCAAAGGGAGCUCUUAAAGGAGUCUGAUUGUAUUUGGCGAGAGGACGAGCUUGCUUUGCAAAAAGUCCCGUAUGACCCACAUGAGGAUCCUCGAGAAAAACCUGCGUACGAUAUUAUUUACCAGCAGUCAGUUACACCAGAGGAUAUUUUUUUGCAGAUUGGACCGAAAACCCCCGCCUCGGCUAGCUGCGAAGCAAUGGUACUGAAAAUUGACAUGCCGGGAGAGCUCUCAUCUGAGAUAUGCUGCGAUGUGAAAAAACAACACAUGGACGUCAGGUCACCCAGAUACCGAUUGGCUCUUCCUCUGCCCCAUCCUGUGCACCAUAAGAUAUGCAAAGCACAGUGGAACGAAUCUACAUCACAACUAAUUGUUACGUUGUACCUGGACCGGGAGUAUGAUUUUAUUAAUUUUUAAGCAUUGCCUCGGACUUCAGAAGAAAAGGACAAUAAUUUAGGACAAAGCAAAUCUAUUCUUUCAUGAUUGUUUCAUGAGAAUCAAAUAGAAACAAACAUGGGUUGGAGUUUUCUUCUCUCCUGAGUCAGUUUCAAAAAUGUUCUUCUAAGGCACGUGUCUAUGGCGUAAGGGCGUAUUCCAAUGUCCAA